AUGCUCUCGAAACCACUUGAACGACAUGUUUCAUUAUCAUUCUGCGAGCACUUGAGAUCCCAUGAUCUGCUGUAUUUAAACCAAUCCGGGUUUAGAUCAAAUCACUCGUGUGAAACUGCCCUUAUUAACAUAACUGACAAGUGGCUCAAAGCAAUGGAUGAUGGUGAACUUAUUGGGGCUGUCUUCAUGGAUUUUAGUAAGGCGUUUGAUUUAGUCAAUCAUGAUGUACUUCUAAGGAAACUUGCUAAAUACCAUAUUAGUCAACAGGCCUUGCAGUGGUUUACAUCCUAUUUAGAUGGUCGCUCUCAACAAUGUUCUGUAUUAGGAUCACUUUCAAGUCCUCUGAUGUUGGAACGAGGAGUUCCACAAAGAUCGAUAUUGGGACCCAAACUCUUUUCCAUUUAUAUAAAUGACCUGCCAAUGUCACUUGGAGAAGCUAACGCGGAUAUUUAUGCGGAUGAUACAACACUUUGGCCGAGUAGCAAGUCGUGUGAUGAAAUCCAGCAAACAUUACAAAACGCAUUGGACAUUACAGAACAAUGGCUCACAGUCAACAAUAUGGUAUCAAAUACUACUAAAACAAAGAAAUUAUUGAUUGGAACAGUGCAAAAACUUCGUCAUUCUGACAAAGAUGAAUUGGAUCUCUACCUGAAUGGAACUAAGCUCGGUGAGAUCAAAAACGAAAAGCUUUUGGGAAUCAAACUUGAUAAACAUUUAAAAUGGAACAAACACAUUGAGUAUCUGAUUAGAAAACUAAACUCUAGAAUUUGUCUCCUGAAAAGGGCGAAAGAACAUCUAACAAUUCACUGUAGAACGUUACUCUACAAUGCGAUUAUAAAACCUAUCCUAGAGUACUGCUGUACUGUUUGGGGCAAUUGCUCCAAAGAACAACUCAUCAGAUUAUUGAAAAUCCAAAAACGAUGUGCAAGACUGAUACUCAAUGCUAAUUUCCGCGAUAACUCUGUCAAACUAUUUACAGAAUUAGGAUGGCUGCCAAUUUCCGACACUAUAAACUGCCGAAAGCUUUAUAUGUUACAUAAAAUUAGUUUAGGGCAUUGCCCAGAUUAUUUUUCGGAAUACAUACGUUAUCUGAAAGAUUCGCAUAAUUACAAUACUAGAGCAUCAACCAAUAGAAAUGCUGUAAUACCUACUUACAAAAAGGUAUCAGGAUCGCGAAUGUUUCAAACAAGUGCAAUUCGCCUCUGGAACACUGUUGAAGUCUCUCUCCAAGACAUGCUCUCGCACAAACAAUUUGUGAACAAAUUAGAACAGAAGCGUCUACUAGAGAACGCUCAAUUACAACACUUUAGCAUAGAGACUACAUUUUAG